GGGCGUGUGCUGACGUUAGAAAAAAGAAAAAACUCCCAGUCCUGCAACUCCUGCAGCUCCUGAGAGGCAGUCUGAAUUUUCAGUCAGGGGACACUCAUCAUCAGCCAGCGCAGAGCAGCUCUCUCUCCGUCCCUCCCUCGGACACCCCCACAUUCACUCGCUCCUUUCUCGCUCCGUCCGCCUCAAGCACAGAAUCGGUUUGUCUCUCCUCCUCUUGACACACGGCAAUCAUGUCCGCAAACGGCGCCGACGGGGACCUGCUGCAGAUCCCUCUGGGGCUCAUCAAUAGCAACGGGAAGUAUCUGACGGCGGAGACCUUCGGCUUCAAAAUCAACGCCUCGGCCGGCAGCCUGAAGAAGAAGCAGACCUGGACCCUGGAGCAGACCGGGGAGGACGGCAGCGCCGUGUUCCUCCUCUCCCACCUGGGCCGCUACCUCGCCACGGACAAAGACGGCAACGUUACCGCGGACAGCGAGACGCGCGGCCGGGACUGCCGCUUCGUUAUCACCGCGCACGAGGACGGGCGGUGGUCGCUGCAGUCCGAGCCUCACGGCCGGUUCCUCGGGGGCAGUGAGGACCGGAUCACCUGCUUUGCGCAGGCGGCCUCGCCGGGGGAGAGAUGGAGCGUUCACCUGGCCGUGCACCCGCAGGUCAACCUGUACAGCUUCGCGCGCAAGCGCUUCGCCCACCUGAGUGCUCAGGGGGAGCGGCAGGAGGUGUCCAUAGACCGGGAUGUCCCAUGGGGGGUCGACUCGCUGGUGACACUGGUCUACCGCGAUCAACGCUACCACCUGGAGACCUCCGACAACCGCUUCCUCCGCAACGAUGGCAGCCUUUCCACCAAGACGGACAAGGAUACCGGCUAUAUGCUGGAGUUCCGCUCCGGAAAAGUGGCAUUCCGCGAUUGCAACGGGCGCUACCUGGCACCCGCGGGCCCCACCGGCACGAUGAAGUCUGGGAAGAGCACCCGGGCUGGGAAGGAUGAACUGUUUGGCCUGGAGCGCAGCCACGCGCAGGUCGUGCUGACUGCCGGCAACGAGAGAAACGUCUCCACGAGGCAAGGCAUGGACCUGUCAGCCAAUCAGGACGAGGAGGGGGACCAGGAAGUCUUCCAGUUGGAGAUGAGCCGUGAGGACAGGAAGUGUGCCUUCAGAACCGCUUCUGGAAAAUACUGGACCCUGACAGCAACCGGAGGACUGCAGUGCACUGCCUCCACCAAAUCAACCAACAGCUACUUUGAACUGGAGUGGCGCGACGGUCGCGUGUGUGUGCGUGCAGCUAACGGCAAGUAUGUGACCGCCAAGAAGAACGGGCAGCUGGCUGCCACUGUUGACAACGCAGGGGAGGCUGAACAGUUCCUCAUGAAGCUGAUCAACCGUCCAAUCAUCGUCCUCCGUGGGGAGCAUGGUUUCAUCGGGGCUCGUAAAGCCGGAAUAGUGACCCUGGACUCUAACCGAGCGUCCUACGAUGUUUUCCAGCUGGAGUUCCACAACGGAGCUUACUCCCUUAAAGACUCCCAGGGGAAGUAUUGGUGUGUUGGAGACGACACGGCGGUGGUGUGCAGCAGCUCCACACCUGUCCAGUUCCUGUUUGAGUUCUGUGACCUCAACAAGAUGGCCAUUCGUGCUCUGGGCGGGAAGUACCUUAAAGGAGACCACGCUGGGGGGCUAAAGGCCAGCGUCGACUCCCUGGACAGCGCCACCCUCUGGGAGUACUGAGAAAGCACAGCCGGACUUCACCAAUAUCUGACACAGUGCUUCAAACUAUUGAUAGAUACUGUAGGUAACCGUUUUUUGUUUGUUGCUUUCUGUUUUUGUUUUGUUGCAUAUGUGUGCGUAUAAUUGUGAAUUUGUCUGGAUGGAUGUGUGGUUGAAACUGAAGCUGAUAGACUGGAAGUCAUGGCACCAAAGCACUACAGGUGUUUUAUUUUGUAUUAUUUUUUCUUUCUUAAUCAGUUUCUCUUCUUACUGGGCUUUUUACUGGAGAUUUGAAUUUAAAAUGACUUGCUGUUCUCACGUGUUUAAUGAAUGAAUCAUAUUGUGGUUGCACAUUAAUCGUUUCAAUUCCAGUCCAAUUUACACAACCUAUACCUGAUAAAUGUCAGGACGAUCACUGUUAUUAGUCAUGCCUAUCUGUGAAAACUACUGGUAUAACGAACAUGUAGAAUGCUAUAACUCAUAUCUAACCUUCUCCUGGUAAAUGUCCUGCUGGCUCUAUUGCGCUGCUUCCAUCUCCUGUUCUCUUUUAAACUAUAAAGCAUAACGCACAUCAGAUAAAAAGGUGCAACCGAUUAACAAGUAUCUGCUGUAAAUAAUGCUUUCUCUAUCACGGAAUGCUUGAAAAACAGAGCAACCAUGGAAACUUUAAGUGCAAAAGUGUGUUGAGGCCGUAAAAAGAGAAAUGGGACACGGCUGGCAGAUCCUGUGCACGUUCCAGUUUUCCUUCCUCAGUCUUCAGCUUCAGCUCAGAAAGUAGUUGUUGGUCAAAGGUUUUUCCUUAAAGACUUGAUCCACUCAGUUCUUUCCCAGAUGAGUCUAUGGUUUAUAAUUAUAUGUCAGGAGGAAAUAAAUGAAAGACGAGGACGAGUUAAAGGAGCCAUGAAACAUACUGAUCGACUGAAGGAGCCUUCUUAGCUAUAGUGACCAUUUCUGUUUAAAAAAAAAAAAAAAAAGAGAGAGGAGAAGGGGGAUGGUGGAAA